ACCGAGGUUUAAAAAUUUUCACCUUAAAUUAUAACCUCAAUGAAUUAUAGCGAAUUGUUCAGUAUUUAUAACAAAUUUUUAACAAUAAUAAAUUGCGAAGUAGAAAAAAAUAUUAAGCGAAACAUGAAGUGUUAAAUAUCAUACAAGUAUUAAUACUUACAGUAAAUAUAAAUUAUUCCUUGUUGCCUAAAAUUAAUGAAAGAAUCAUGGACAGUGGUAGUUUAUCAGGUUCUGAUGAAUAUAAAGACGCCUUUGAAUCUAUUAAUGAACGGCCAGUUGAUGAUAUAUCAUUAGAAUUUUUCUAUAAACCACACACUAUCACUUUAUUAGGAGUUUCCAUUGCUGCUGUUAUAUACACAGCAUUUGUAAGAGAUGAAAACAACAUUCAGGGAAAUAUUUGGGCUGGUAUAUGUUGUGUUAUUUUCUUCUUCUUAAUCAUAUCUGUACUUACAUUUCCAAAUGGCCCAUUCACAAGACCACAUCCAGCAGUGUGGAGGAUUGUAUUUGGAAUGUCAGUGCUGUAUUUACUUACCUUAUUAUUUCUUCUCUUUCAAAGUCAUUCAACAGUCUAUGCAAUUAUGUAUUGGAUUGAUCCCAAUCUACGCAAUUUCCACAUAGAUAUGGAUAAGGAAUAUGCUGUGAAUUGCACAGAUAUAAGCUUGUCACGCAUUUGGUCACACUUAGAUGUCUUUGCUUGGGGCCAUUUUUUAGGUUGGACUUAUAAAGCAAUUCUUUUUCGACAUGCUGGUCUUUUGUGGGCCAUUUCAGUUAUGUGGGAAAUUACAGAAAUAGCAUUCGCUCACUUGCUACCCAAUUUCCUGGAAUGUUGGUGGGAUUCAAUAAUAUUAGAUGUUCUAAUAUGUAAUGGUCUAGGUAUAUGGUGUGGCUUAAAACUUUGUAAGGUGUUAGAAAUGAGAGAAUAUAAAUGGGUAAGCAUAAGGGAUAUCUCAUCUACGACAGGUAAAAUUAAAAGAGCAAUCCUUCAAUUUACACCUGUUCAUUGGGCACCAGUGAGAUGGUUGGAUCCUAAUUCCACCUAUAUGAGAUUCUUUGCUCUCAGCCAGCUUGUGGUAUUCUGGCAAAUAUCUGAGCUGAAUACAUUCUUUUUGAAGCACAUAUUUGAAAUGCCUCCGUCACAUCCGUUGGUCAUAGCUCGGCUAGUGCUUAUUGGUGUUAUAGUAGCACCAUCAGUUCGGCAAUACUAUACCUAUGUAACUGAUCCUAAGUGCAAAAGAGUGGGGACACAGUGUUGGGUUUACGGCGCAAUAAUGGUGACGGAAUCUGUGCUGUGUAUUAAAAAUGGACAAGAACUAUUUGGACAGGCCCAAGUUUGGAAUGUUAUAGUUUGGCUAGUCAUACAAAUUCUAGUCUCUGUUGGCUGUGUUUAUGGUGUUGUGUUGUAUGAUCGCUAUAAGCGAAUUGUUUCAAGUUCCAAUACAAGCAGUCUAAAAAAGGAAAAUUAAUGAAGGAAAUUUAUUAAUACAAUGCAUCCAAGUGGAAGAGGAUCUGCAGGUGAUUUCCAAUAAUGUAUAAGUUGUGAUAUUUAUGAUUUAUAUUUAUAGAUGUAGAUAUUAUGUUUAAUGGAGCUACUCGUAUUUCUAUUAAAUAUAUCACAGAAUAGCAAUUUAUUACGAGAUUUGAUAUUAAUUUUUAAUAUAAUUUCUUUACGUAUAUAAUAAAUGAUCUUAAAGAAGGUCAUCUAAAUACAACAAACGUGAUAAUACGAAAUAAAUAUAGUGUAAAAUUCGAGAUGCAAUAUAUUAAAUUAAAAAAUAAUACCAAGUAUAUAUAGAUAUAUUGAGUGUAAUGCCUACUAAAUGAAACAGAAAUUUUUUGACGACUUGUCGUUAUCGCGAGUAGUGAACCAUAUGUGGAUAAUCUUAUGGCCGUAAUGGCAAAAUGUUCAAGUUUAUCCGGCGUUUUAAUAACAAAAGUGACGACUAAUAAUAUUUCGAAACCAAACUGUUCCUGACUUCCUGAUUUUACAGUGCGACAAGGAUCUUUUGGUUGUCGAAUGACAUAUGGGUCCGUUUGUGUAGUAUAAGGGUUGCCAGCUAAAAAUAAGUACCUUCUUUGUAGGGAUAUAAUAUUAACGUUGAAUAAUUAACGUCCUGCUCGUCUUGUCCCUUAUUUUCAUAAAAAAAUCUUUUAAGUUUUGUAUUAUAUCUAUAUAACGAUAAAUCAAGAUAGACAUCCAUGUUUCCACACCGAGAAAAAGUAUUAAAACCAUUAGACUGAGUCUAGUCGUUAGACAUCAGACCAAGGAUUUUUUAGAUUGAGCUAUUACCAUAUACCUGAUCAAACAUUAUAAUUCCUUAUAUCUAAAUAUAGCCAUCAGCUGCUGUCAAACUUAUGUCGUAAGUACUAAAUUCUACUCUAUUUAAAGGAUAUAGCUCUGUGGGUCUAAAAAAAGCAAACAUUGACAUUUAAAUUUUUGUUUACUAAAAUUAUGUUCUGAUCGAACUAUAUCAAGGGGUCGUAUAUCAAAAACUUCACUAACAUCACUGUCGCUACUUUGUUCAUGUGAACAUACUUCUUCGAUGAAAGGUUUGUCCAAAUCUUUUAACCCAUUUUCCUCUUGUAACUAUUUCACAUGGGAGCACUAAUAAUACCACUCAUUGGUAGAACUGAUCUUCAGUACAUUUUUAUUUCUUCCCUUUUCGUGGAAGCCCAGACUUUUUCUAUCGGAUUAGGGUCGCAAUGAUAUGCAAGUACACGCGAUAUUUGCAAAAAAAAAUUAUGAUAAUAUUGUAAUUUUAAUAUUUCUGAAAUGUUACGUAGUGAACAGAAGCAAGGAGUAUUUUCUUAAAUUGAAAAUUAAUAUUAAUAUAAUUCUACAGCAAUAGUUGCACAUACAGUAUUCCAAAGUAUAUGACAACACUAACCUGAAAUUUAGAAAAGACUGUCAAAAAUUGACACUUCACAAGAUGGCGGUGUUAGUUCCAAAUUUGGCCAAAUGCCUAGGCGGUAUAGCCUGCUCUUAAUGGGCGAAUUAAAAAAUUGGUCAUAUUUUAAAAGAUCCUUGUCGCAGCGUAAAAUGCUAUAGCAUUCAUUUUUAAACUAGGAAUUUAAAUAAGCUACUUGUUGAUGUAUAACUUAAAAUAAUAAAUAAAUAUUAACAAUUUACAAUAGUUAUUGUGCAUUUGACACUCGAGUAGUUAAUAAAGUAAUUAUACUCCAUAUAAAAUGUCGUUUAUUAUGAAAUACGAGAGCUUUAUUUUAACAUUUUGAGCGGAUAAGUAUUAUAUUUUGUUGUGAAGGUAAAUAAUACCAAAUAUUAAUUGUAAGUAGGACAAUUAUUUAUAUUAUGUAAUCUUUGGCUGCUAAGAUAUAGGUACAGUAGAGAAACCUAUCAUUAUUUGUAAAAUACAAUAUUGACGUCUUAGAUUAAGGAUUCGUCUCCGCUGCGCUCCAACGAGACACCGCAGGCGUUGUCGCAAAUUGCGGCAAACUCCCAGGUGGGCGUGCUCGAGCCAGUCUCGAACAAUGUUUGACGUUGUCGUGUCACAUGUUCUGUUAAGCUUUGCUAAUAAUUGAAACUAAAAGCCGGGUUGCCUAGUAAAACUUUGUAAAAAUAAUACUACAAGAAAGAAGAAAGACACUAUAUAUAGUAAUAUCAUCAGUAAGUAUAUUUUUUUUUAUUAAUUUCAAUGUUAUGUUACAAAAUUUGAAAGAUGACAUUGAGUGUCAAGAUGCCUUAAUAAAAAAAGCUAUUCUUAGGUAGCGCGGAGCGCUGCGGAGAUCAAUCCUUAAUGUCAAACAACUGACGCAAAUCUCAAACAUUGGAGGUUGAAAGAACUUAACGUACCUAGGUCCCUUCCUCUUCUAAUUUCAACUUCAUCUUUUACAGCUUCCAUAUUAAGUACUUAAGACAAUUUAUAUUAUAAUUAUGAUUGUCUUAAUUACUAAAAUUGUACAUUUAAAUUUUUUUAGUGCAUAACAUCAUAUAACUUCUUCGCAUAAAGUCUAUUAAAUUAUUUUCAAAUUGUAUUCGGUGACAAACAAUUCAGCACUGUACCAAAAUCUUACUUAGCCGAGUCAAAAAAAACCAACAGUAAAUGAAUAAGUCAUCAAGAAGCAUUUUUAUUUUAUGAAUUGGUUUGGAACAGCUCCAGGAACAGCCCAGCGUCGUCGCGUUCGAUGCCAUUUGUUUAUAAACCUUUGGCUUUGUUGAACCUUAUUUUUUUUUACCUUCAAUAAUACUCAAUAACCCUUGAAGAAAGCCUUGUACAGAAAAUGUAGAGACAAGUAGAGUACAGUGAAACGAAAAAAGAAUUUCCAUUAAAAAAUAUAUUAAUAAA